AUGCGUUGGACAAAACCUAUGAAUGAAAACGCAUUGCGGGCGUACUAUAGGGCGAAAGGGGAAGAAACUGUGGGAAUAGCGUAUAGGUCUCGGAUGCAUUGCUUUUUUGCUGAGCUGGAGCCUUCUACCCCCGUCACGGAACAAAACCUGGCAGACCGAGUUCGGUACAUCAUGCGCUCGAAAAUAUUUGAUGAUGCCGAACUCGGACGACUACGACGUGAGGCUAUUCCGUCGUCGAAUGAAUCGGCUAUGGCUGGAGAUGCAGCUCCACAUUCGACAGACCAGCAUCCACACGUGGAAGCCGCCCUGGAUCUUCCCGUUGUGGUUGAUUCGAACGACGAUGAAAUAGUCUCCCACGAACUAGAGAAAAUGAGGAGUAUACUGGAAGAGGCGAUUUUGGAAACGCGCAGCACCCCUAUCGAAAAUCGACCGCGACUUCCCCGCAUACCCCUAAGCAAGCGAAAUCGGGCUGUCGUGAGGGCUCUUAACCCAAUGCUGGUGACCUAUUUGGAAGCCAGCCGGGACCUUUGCGAGACGGACUCAAUUCUCUUUGGCGCCGCAGUGGCAGUUUGCCGUAUUAUUGGCGCCAAACUUCCCAUGGCUGGACGCGCUACUACACAAAGUAGCGCCAUCCCAGCCUGGAGAAAAAGAAUCGAGGACCGUAUCGCAAAGGCAAGGGCCCUUAUCGGCAGACUGACAAGCUUCAGGUCGGGUAAUAAUAGACCGAGGAUUAUGCGCACCGUUAGGAUGGCGUUUGCUGGGACAAAUAUCAGUUUGUCCCAGCCGGAUAUCACGCAGAAACUAACGGAGAGCAUAGACGACCUGAAGCAAAAGAUCGCUGCUUGGGGGAAUCGGAUUCGACGAUUUACCGAGAGGUCAAGGAGGUUCAACCAGAAUCGUCUCUUCCAGAGUGAUCAGAAGAGGCUCUAUAAAUCAUUGGAGCGGCCAAAGGUAUGUGGAGCGGGCCAAGGACCGGAUCAGGCAGACAUUAUCGCAUUCUGGCGUGGCCUGUGGUCAGAGCCCGUAAACCACAGCGAGGGCCCUUGGAUGGAAGUUGUGGCGAGCCAGGGUGCGAGUGUUACGACUAUGGACCCCAUCACCGUAACGCCGGAAGACGUGGCUGAGGCGGUCCGUAGGGCCCCGAACUGGAAAAGUCCGGGGCUCGACGGGCUGCAUCAUUACUGGCUGAAGGGGUUCAUAGUGUGUCACGCUGUGCUCGCCCGACAGUUUCAAGAGGCUCUCGACCAGAAGUCGCUCCCGAGCCUCUUCACUACUGGGAUCACUCACUUGGUUCCUAAAGAUCAGGAUACCACAGACCCGAGCAAAUACCGCCCCAUCACGGCAAAAGGGGAAGAAACUGGAUGUUUGGCGUAUCGGGCUAGGAUGCAUCGUCUUUUUGCUGAGCUGGAGCCAUCUUUAACCGUCACAGAGCAAAACCUGGCAGACCGAGUUCGGUAUAUCUUGCGCUCAAAUAUAUUUGAUGUCGCCGAACUCGAACGGCUACGACGUGAGGCUGUUCGCUCGUCGGAUGAGAAUGCUACGGCUGAGGAUGCGGCGCCACAAAUGGUAGAGCAACCCGCAAACGUGGAUGCCGCCGUGAAUACCCCAGUUGUGGUUGAUUCAAACGAUGAUGGAACAGUCGCCCAGGAACUGGAAUUAGAGCAUAUGAGGAGUACAUUGGAAGAGGCGAUUGUGGAAACGCGCAGUACGCCUCUCGAAAAUCGACCGCGACUUCCCCGCAUAGCCCUAAGCAAGCGGAAUCGGGCUGUCGUGAGGGCUCUGAACCCAAUGCUGGUGACCUAUUUGGAAUCCAGCCAGGACCUUUGCGAGACGGACUCAAUUCUUUUUGGCGCCGCGCUGGCAACCUGCCGUAUCAUAGGCGCCAAGGUUUCCACGGCUGGACGCGCUACUGGCCAUAGUAGCGCUAUCCCAGCAUGGAGAAGAAGAAUUGAGGAACGUAUCGCAAAGGCUAGAGCUCUCAUCGGCAGACUGAUAUGCUUCAGAUCAGGCAACAACAGGCCAAGAAUAGUGCGCACCGUCAGGAUGGCGUUUGCUGGGACAAAUGACAGUUUGUCCCAGCCGGAUAUAACGCAAAAACUGACAGAGCGCAUAGAUAAUCUGAAGCAGAGAAUCGCUGCUUGGGGAAAGCGGAUUCGGCGAUAUACCGAGAGGUCGACACGGUUCAACCAGAAUCGUCUCUUUCAGAGUGAUCAGAAGAGGCUCUAUGAAUCAUUGGAGCGACCAAUGGUAAGUGGAACGGGUCCAGCACCGAAUCAGGCUGACACUGUAGCAUUCUGGCGCGGCCUGUGA